AUCUAAAGCUCUUCUAUUUGAAGCUUGAUUCUUUGGUUGCAGCCCCAGUCUGUCCAUGAAUCUGCCCUUGCUUCCCAUCUUAACGACUCUCUGAAGCAAUUGAAUCGCUUUCAGUAUUCACGUGCAAGCAGAGUUGUAAGAUUUUAAGAAGCUUGUUUUAGGCUUGUGAAGCUGGAACUUGAACUGCUAUGGAUCCUAAUGUUUUUUUUGGUGAAAAGACGGAAGCAAAACUAUACAUUGGGAACCUUGAUAUGAGAAUAACAGAGGCUGCUCUAAUCAAGAUGUUCUCUCCGUAUGGGAAGAUUGUACACGAGGAAUUCUUGCUGCAUACUCAUGGCAGGAAACGCGGAGAGCCUCGAGGCUUUGCUUUCAUCCAGUAUAGUAGUGAAGAGGAAGCAAAAUUAGCCAAGGAGAAGAUGCAUGGGCGACUAGCUUGCGGACGCCCAUUAGUCGUCCGCCUCUCCAGUGAAAAAUACUUAAUACAAGAACCACAUAAUCCUUCCGGACAAUCAGGCGAGGCCACCAAAACAAGCCAUUCGGCCAGCAGUUCAGGACAGAUGAGUCGGACCUCCAAAAUAGCAGCAAUCAAGAACAAACUGAAAGCUCUGGAAGGCGAGGGUUUUAGCGCCAAGAAGCAGAAGCAAGACGACAUCCCUUGCAGCAACAAUAGCAUUGAUCAUCCAUCAGUCCAAAGAUAACAAAUCACCAGAACUCUCUUAUAUCUUUUUAAGCUGUAAUUCCCCUAACUUCAGUUACUUCACCGAAAUCGAACGCGAAAUGCAUUGGAUUCGAUCUCAGGAUCACAUCAGAUGUUUGAUAUUGUAACCUCGUCCUUUCUGAAAACGAUUCUUACAACUCAAGCAACUUCAUCAUUUUUCGAGUUUGAUUAUUAGUUCCAUUA